AUGGAAGAAUUAAAAGACAAAAAUAUUCAUCAAACCACUAUAAAAAUUUGUGAAGAUUUGAAGAACUCAAGCCAGUAUAAGAGCUUGUUCGAAGAUAUACAGAAAUUAGUUGCAACACCCAGUGUGAAAAUAGAAGAUUUCAAGAGCACGUUGCUGAAGUGUAUGCAGGAAAAUGGUUUGGAAGCUGAGUUAAAGAAUAAUAUCUAUCGUUGGGUUAAAAUGAAGAGGAAAGAAAGCAGUUCAUAUGAUUCAUUUUUCAGAAAAUCACAAAUCCAUUGGGAUAAGAGAAUCCAUAAAUCGUUGAACUCAAUGUGCAGCGAAUUAGGUAUUAGUUUGGCAAAAUUAAGAGGAAACAGCGAGAAAGAAGAACUUUUGAACAAGUGGAAUGAACUGAGCAAUUUUGAAACUGAUAUUCACAAGUACCGACCAGUGUAUGCUCCAAAAGAUUUUUUAGAAGUGUUAUUAAACUUAAAGGGUCCUAAGAGAGACAAGUCCAAAUGCGAUAAUCAGAGAUGGGAAUUUGCGCAGUUACCACUCAGAGUGAAAAACUUAUCAGAACUGAGAAAUCUCUACUUAGAGAUAUCAAGAGGAGAGCAGAUUCUGAACAGCAACACCAUGCUGAGUACGAACCAAAACUUUGUUCAGUUAGAAGCGGAAAGAAUAUUGCUUGGUGAAAAAAUUCUUAUGAAGAAUUACGCACCAUUAGCUCAAGAAUAUUUGAAGAAAGGAUGUCCAAAGUGUUUAAGAGCGAGAAUAUGGGCCUUGCUGUUAGGUGCUGAAAUUAAAUCAUAUCAAAUCUCCUACUUCGAUUUUCUGAAACAAAACGUUCUACAAUACGACCUGAUGAUAGACAAGCUGAUAAUUAAAGAUAUCAAUCUGACAGCUUCAAACGACGACCAGUAUUUUGUAUUUGAAGAUGUCUUAUAUCAGGUAAUGCUUUGUUUCUCCAGAGAUUCGGAAAUUUUGAAGUACCUGCCCAAUCAGCCUGCAUUUAUGCAAGUGGCCUUUAAAGGAAAGCCGAACACUCCCGAGAAUACCAUUGUGUUUCCACCAAGUGGUGUCAUACCAUUUCACGGCUUUACAAUGUACG